UGGAGUGCAAUCAGUGAAUCUUUCCAGGUGACCAUGUCUCCACGUGCCAAAUGAGCCCCAGCUUGGAGCAAUGGCGAAUUGCUGGACCUCAUCAGUGUUUGGGGGGAGGAAGCUGUGCAGUCCCAGCUGCGCUCCAGCCGUAGGAAUUACAAUACCUAUGGGCAGAUAUCAAGGGAUAUGAUGGAAAGAGGCCAUGACCGGGACGCGCUGCAGUGCAGGGUUAAAGUGAAGGAGCUGCGGAGUGCCUAUUGCAAAGCCUGUGAGGGAAACUGCCGCUCUGGUGCUGCACCCAUGACCUGCCGUUUUUACAAAGAGCUGGAUGCGAUACUUGGGGGUGACCCCACCGCCAAUCCGAGGACCACGAUGGACACUUCAGAGUGGGGGGGGAAGCAGAGGAGGAGGAGGAAGGUGGGGGGAGGAGGAAACCGAGAGUGAGGGUACUGGGAUGGGGGGAGACACCCCGGAGUCCCAGGAAGCAUGCAGCCAGGAGCUCUUCUCAAGCCAGGAGGAAGGUAGCCAGUCGCAGCAGCCGGUAUUUGGUGAAGGACAAGCAGAGGAGCGGGUUCCCGGAACCUUGACUUCUCGGAUGCCCGUAUUAUCAACAGCUGAAAGACUCCAAAACCUCCGGAAGAAGCCACGAAAAAGCAAAGACGACCUGCUGCAAGCAGUUAUGGAUCACUCUGCCAGAGAGAAUCAAAAACUGCAGGACUGGAAGGAAAAGGAAAGCAGGAUCCACCAGAGAAACGCAGCGGCCAGGAAGAAAAGCACAAAGCAGCUGAUAAGCAUCCUGGCAAGGCAAGCAGACUCUAUCCAGGUGCUCGUAGACAUUCAGGCAGAGCACUACCAUGCCAACCCCCUCCCCCGUGCCAAAGCUCUUUCACUUGUGCCCCAAUGUCAGCUCCAAACCCCCUUCCCCAGCAUCCAGGUUCUUACCACCACCACCAGCUGCCUCCAACACCUGUACGUUCACCAACCAGCCCUGAGAACUACGACCCUUACCCUCUGCACUCAACCCCCAUCACCAUGCAGUAUAGGCAUUCUGAAGUGCAGCAGUCAUUGCACAGCACUCCAGACAUGACAUAUUCAAACCAGUGACUGUACAGUUCCCCACCGCACCCCCCCUGCCC